UGCUUCCCUUGAACUCCUGCCUCUUACAACCCGACGAAACUUGACUCUGUAACAACAAUGCUUCAGCCUCUUCGAACCGGCGCUUUUCGCCGCCCUCAGAGCACUCUUUCAAAAAGCUCACUCAGUGGUGAAGUAUCACUAUCAGGAGGACCUUGAGAAGCAGUUCAGUUGUGGCUUCCAUUCGAGGUUGAUCACCAUCAAAGCUCAAGUGAGAAUGGCACAGAUGAUCGAGUCCAAAGAACUCAAUCUCGUGGUGGAGUAGCAUUCUCUUACACCGAUUUCGUCAGCGUAUUCGAGAAUCAGCAUCCCAGAAACCCAAUCUACACGGGUGAAACAAUACCCUUCUCGCUCUAAUGCGGGAAAUGCCUCUAGCCCACAUCGAGGGCCUGGCUUGGCUCGCUUGGCUACCAUUCUUCACUACCAUCUCUCAGGGGCGACAGCUUCAAUGCUACCAAGCUCCGUCAUGAAGCAGCUUGAUCCUUGUUCUUUGGAGAUUUCUGAGUCGCGCAGGGGUCACCAAGCUCGCCGGAUCUAGGGCAAUCUGCGUUCCCGCUCGAUGUGAUUUGCCCUCAAUUCGAGAUAUCAAGUCCUAUAUCGCCUCCAUUGCCUCAGUCUCCUCCCACCCAGUUGGUGCUUGUCUGAUCUUCGUUUCUUUUCUUGUUUUUCAAUCUUACAUUCGUUUGCCACAGGCCAGGUGCCAUUUCCAUUCCAUUGUAUUUCAUUUUUACGGUACAUCUCGUGUGUUUGAUCAUCUAUCUACUGCUUCUCAAACUUUGCUCUGCUUUCAAUUGACCAAGUAUACGCCUGGAGGUCAUUCUGAUUCCUGCUAUCAUAUCUCGGUGCUUUUCCAAUUCAUUCAUCAUCUGUGCUUUUCCUUCGGCAUCCUAGCCCUCUUUCGAUACUUUCAUACGACCUCGACAUCGACAUGGGAAACUAGGUCUACCAAGAAGGACAACGCGGUGCCGGCACUGUGAAGGCUUAACGCCUGCCCUUUACUUGACAAACACCUCGAAUUUGAUCAGAAAACGACAACAACAUGGACAACGACCCGACGAUGGACUCGACCGGCUUUCAGUUCCAGGCAAAUUCUACAUCAAAAUGGGAUAACGAACUCAAGUUUGCUGCAGCUGGCUCCGUCCGCACCUCAAUCAUCGUCCUAUCAGUUUUCAACGUGAUAGUAGCAUUCGCAGUUACUAUCAGUAUUCUGCUGCGAUCAUGGAGAACACUAAAACAAGUCGAACCGAUAUGGGACUUCAAGUCAUCUUGGCUUCGGCUAGUCAAAGGACGAGAUGUUUACCCCUUCGUACUUUCUUUGGGCAUUGUAGUUCAGGGAAUUGUGUAUGCUACCGCUCAAGCCAAGGGACUUGAGUCACUUAUGAUCCUUGGGUGUGCCACGAUAUCGCGAAUGAUGCUGCUAGCUUUCUUCAUCGUACCCUUCAUUCAGAUGUUGUUCGGGCUGGAGUUGACAAUCCGUAUCACGAGGCCGAGCAUGUUCCCCUUCCGUGGCAAAUUCAACACCCUUGCCUGUCUAGUAACCAUCGGUACCUUGUUGCUCAUCGUGUUCUCCAUAACAUUUGCUGUUCUGCCAUCGGAGUUUUGCUUUGCCAGUUUGAUCUCUUUCCUACAUCGAUACGAUGCCGGAUGUUUUGGGGUUUUACUCACUGUCAUCCUGAUAGUUCUCAUUGAGUGCGGUGUUAUAUGCUUCAAGCUUCAUACUGGUGCCCGAAUGCGCAUUGCUGAGAGGGAUGAGGCAUCUCGCAUGGUUUACCAUAUGAUAAUUGCCGUGAUAUCAUAUACUUUGCAGAUAACAUUCUUCUACAAUACGGCGUUUCGAGAUACAGGAGCAGCAGAUGAGACGUCAAUGACACUGAACAUGAUCGGAACAGUUGUAAUGAACAUGUCAGGACUAUUGCUUGGCUGUCUUUAUCUCUUCUUGCGAUCAAGCAGAUCCCCAACCGGUUGUUCUGAUGACGACAUUGAAGCGUCUCAGAGUUUCAGAAAAUGGGGUGAUGACCAGGAUCAAGAGCCCCCAACCCCUAGGUCUGCGAUGCUACAGCCUCUUGAUCUUCCCAAGCUGGUUCGCAAGGCUGAAAGCAAAGAAGAUCUGACGCUGGACGACAGAGUGGAAGACAAAGUGUUUGGUGCACGCAAGGACUUCCUCAACCGUGGCCUGAAGCCCCUCCGCUUGGGAAGUAUGCGUAAUUCAGGCGGUCUUCCAACCGUACCGAAACCCGUACGGACGUCAUCAAAGGAGUCCAUCAAAAACUUCAAGAGGAGCAUGUACAGCAUUUUCCCCAAAGCCGAGCCACCCAAGUCGCCCAUCCUUUUGCCGACAACAACCUACAAAGAUUCUACACUCAAAAAAACGCCAGCGCUUCAAAAAUUAGCUGACGAACUUCUUGCACCGCCUGCCCUCCGUCUACCGGAUAAAAGAUUCCGGUCAAGUGGUGCUUCUAUGCUCUCGACUGCAACUGUGCAGAUUGGCUUGCGCCUUUCCAACAUCGGUGAUAUGCGCCCUGCCAAGCCGGAGCUCAAACUAGACACAAAUACAAACCAAGUACACAACCUCGACUGUCCCAACAGUACAGUAAGGUUCUUCCCAAGAAAAACGAGUCCACUUGCCAUUGCCAUCGUCGAUGUCCCAGGCGAGGGCACUAGGUACAAGAUCCAGGACAACUUUGAUGAGAGACUAUCCGAGAAGGAACUUCCACCAGUUCCUCUCAGUGCGGGUAUGAAUACUCCGCCGGAGACAACUCUCAGUUCCGCUGUAUAUAGCCCUCAGGAGAAAACGCCCGCCUCAGCCUCACAUAAUCCCAGGGCUGGAUCAGUCAGUUCUGUAAGAGCUCAUAGCCGACAGGGCUCAAGAAGUAUGGGAGAGCCAAGCAGACUUGCCAGCCGUCAAAGCUCUAGGGUCGUACCAGAGAUUGGCAGAAUGCAUAGCCGACAAGGCUCAAGGGCUGGGCCAGAGACGGGUAGAGUACAUAGUCGUCAAGGGUCAAGAGUUGACUUAGAGGCAACAAAAGGAAAAGGACCAUGGAUUUGAUAGAGGACAAAACGGUAGGGCAACUGGGGAGGAUGACGAUUUCAUGAACGGUUUGGCAACUGUAACGAUUCCCUUUGUGUUUUCAUAUUUAGGCCGUCUUUGAAACUAGCGUCGAGAUUUGGUCCCUUUUAUAUAUAGAUAAUACCAGAAGAUUAGGUGGACAUCCUCAGUAACAUUUCCAAUGCCA